AUGGUAAGGAAGUACCUCGAAGGGAUGAAAAAAAAUAAAGAGAAAAACCAAUUAUACCAAUUCAAAAAGUACUUAGCGGAAAGUAACGUCUUCUUUGUGUUCGUCCACUUGUUUGUGAAGCUGAUGCGGAACAGGGGUACCGUGGAAAGCCCCUACGACUACGUCAUGAAGUACUUCGGAAAGGGAGGGCACACCUCAGGGGAUGACGCUCCCAGGAGAAAUUUAAUCAAAGAGAAUAAAAAAUAUAAAAGAGAAAAUGAGCAGCUGGUUGGGAAAAUAAACGAGCUGCUUGUCCGGGUGGAAGACCUGCGCAAGAGGGACGCCUGCGAUUUUAUUGCAAACUGGUUUUUCAAAAAUGGGGAUGAGCGGAUUGACUCGUCUGCUUUAUUUGGGAAGCAGUUUAAAAGGAGUGAUCAUGGUGGGGAAAAUGACCCAAGUGGACGCACCACCCGGAACAAAGCGAGCGGGCUGCAUGCCCACGGGGGGCAUAGCGAACCAACCCCAUACUUUGUAUUCACCCGAGACACGUUUUACCUCUUUGUGAGUUUCUUGGACGAGUCCACCAGAACGCAGCUUCGCGAGGCACUGACGGGGUGGCCCACCCACGCGGGGAGAUCUGCCCUUUGCGAGGGGCUGCAAAGUAGGCUCCAAAACAAGCUGCAAAAGGAAUUGUCUCUGUUUGUAAGUAACUACUUGUCUUUGGAGCAGCUGGGCGAGAAGGGGGCUCACAACUCGCGCAGGGGGGGGCAUCGCGGCGGGCAGGUAACCCCCACACUCCGCUGCUAA